CUGAACCCACUAUUAUAGCAACAACAAUUUUUAAACAAAGAAUAAUCUUAUAAUUAUAUAGCUUUUCUCAAACAGUACUUCGCUUUAAAGUAUUCGGUAUUAUGUUUCUUGGUACUUCGUGUAUUGGAAAGUGUUUAAUUCAUUACAGUAAUAAUAUAUUUGGUUAAAACUGACAUUUCUUUUCAUAAGAAUAAUAAUCUUACAAUAUUUAUGUUCUUAUAUUAACUUACUCUAUAUUAAAUUAACAUUAAGUUACGACUUGAAUAUUCUGCUAUUAAUUAAUUUAAAAUUCAUGGCUUGUUUACCAGCUACCAGUUCACACAUUGAAGAGAUGUGCUUAAAUAGAAAAGAAGUCUCACCAACAAAUUUAUAUGAUCGUGUAAAAAAGUUAUUGGUAUCUUUAGAAUGGAGUGAUUGUACCUUCACAGUUUCUGGAAAAGAUUUCAAAGCACACAAACUAAUUUUAACUAUAAGUAGUCCUGUAUUUGAAGCUAUGUUUUAUGGACCACUAUCAACCAAUCAGAAUGUUUUAAUAACUGAUAUAGAACCUGAAACCUUUCAAUUACUACUUAAUUAUAUAUAUACUGAUAAAGUUCAGAUAUCAUCUGUAGAACAAGCCUUUGAAUUAUUGUAUGCUUCAAAGAAAUAUCUUUUGCAAUCUUUGGUUCAGAUGUGUGUAGCAUAUAUACGAGAAAAUGUUAGUAUUGACAAUGUAAUUGAUAUUCUUAAUUAUCCUGAGUACUUACAAGACAAACAGUUGACUUCAUAUUCUUUAAAGUUAUUUUGUGAACAUGCCAGUUAUUUACUGCAUGAAUAUAAAAACAUAAUAUCAUAUCCAUGUAUGAAACUAAUACUAGAUUCAGAAAAAAUUAAUAUAAAGGAGAAAGAUCUGAUAAAACAUGUUUUUGAAUGGACUACAUUUCAGUGUAAACAAAAUAAUGAUAAUUGCACAAUAGACAAUAGACGGAAUAUUUUAAUUAAAAAUGGAAUAUUUAAAUUGUUAAGAUUCUGUACACUUUCAUUAAAUGAUUUAGAAGAAGUUGUAAAGAGUACAAACAAUCUAUUGUAUCCAUUUGAAUAUGAAUACAUUAAAGAAGUUAUUAAAAAGUCAGAAAAUGUGACAUGUAAUAAUGUUAUUAAUUUACUUAGCCCAAACGAGAUACCAAGGAGCUCAUUAAAACUGCAGUGGUAUUUUUGUCACCGCAGUCCAUUGAGAUCAGUAGCACCUAUUGUAAUAGAUAUAAACAAUUUUAUUGUGAACACUAGAAUUAAAGUGAAUAAACCUAUAUUUCUUAACUCACUCUACAUACCUACUAGAAUGGCUCCUGCUGUAACAUUUAGAAACAAUGCACCAAAACUAUACUCUGAGCAACUAUGUAUUACUGUAGUAUCAGAAUCUGAUAAUAAUGUAAUAAAAUUUACAAAUUUCAUGAACACUGUUGAAUAUAAUUCAUUUGUGGAUAUAGAUCUAAAUGAGCCCUGUCUUAUAAAAAAAGAUAAAUGGUAUAAAAUCAGUUUUCUGUGGACACAUAACAGAUUUACAUCUUAUUCAUAUGUAGUGGAAGUUAGAGAAAGGCUUUAUAAAAGUCAGAAGAUCUCAAUAGAAUUUGAUGAAUCCUUAUCAUCAAAUGUCAGUUCUGGUAGCUUUCUCGGCGGUUUGAAAUUUUGUAUGUAAAUUAUUCCCAUCUAAAGCUAUUUUCUUAGUGAACAAUAUUAAUUAAAUUUAUAUUUAUUAUAUUAUUUACUGAGAAAAUAUUAAUUUAUUGUCUUACUUAAUUUAACUAUAGUUAUUAAAUUGUUCUAAAGUAUUGAUAAACCAAUGUUUAUCAAUAAAUGUAAAUGUAAAAUGUAAUCAGUAAAUUCAUAAUAGUAACAUAAUACAAUUAUUAUGUUACUAUUAUGAAUUUACUGUAUAAGAGAUCUGAUUUCCAUAAACAAAUCAUGAUCAAUAAGUCUGUAUGUGUGUUGUAUAUUUUGUUUGUCUGUGUGUUAUGUAUGUGCAUUUUGCCACUUAAAAACAAUUUAAUCAUAAUAUGUCAUUAACAUUAAUUUACUUUACCAUUAAUAGCAAUGGUUGACAAAAUAAGUCGUUAGUAGCAAUAUGCUAUCUAAGUAACUACUCAAUCGUGAGUAUAUUAAUUUACUGUUACUGUUUGAAGGUUAGUUUAUCUAUUUAUGUUUAAUUGAUGUGUCAAAAUGUAAUAUUAAAAGAUUUAUUUGUAUAUCCAGGAUUACUAUUGUAUAUUGGUAGCCACAGGCGAGUGUCCCUGAGAUUUGUACAAUGUAUCUUUCGAAAAGAUGUGUGGGUGACAGAAACAGGAAUCUAAAAACACUAUCUUUAUUAUUAUUCAUAUUGUGCCCUGUAUUGAAAUGAAUAACAUAGAAAACUUACAGUUAAAACUUAAUAUCUUAAACUUUGAUUUGUAUAACGCGAAUGCACGCAAAUUACUACUCUUCUCACUAAAAAUUAAUUGAUAUGUUAUGGGUGAUGAAUAUUGUAAGGUGCACCCGCCUCCGCUAACUGUAUCUGCUGGCGGGUCACCCGUGGAGGAUAUUAGGGUGAAGAGCAAGUCUAGUCAGUUCGUUCAUAGUGGUGAAUCCACCGGGUAUUGACCAAAAUAUUUACCAGGUACCUUGAGAACUAAAAAGGGAUUUAUAUGAAUAUCCAUUCUCUAAGGGGAGUAAAAAAGUGUUAAUCUUUUAUAGAUUGUAUUGUAUAAUUUUAAAUAUUGUAUCUACUCAGGCCAUUAAAAGAUUAAGAAAAAAGUUUCACCAUUAUUGGCACAUCAUCCUAUGUCUAAAUUGAUUCCUUAUUAGUAUUUCCUUAGAUUUUAAGUCAACAUAUAAUUAUAGUAUAUACAUAUAACUAUAUAGGUACUAUUUAUAAAUUUGUAUGGAGAAUCAAAAUUUUUGAAGUUGGAGGUUCGAAAUAUUUAGCCCUUUGUUACAUUAUAUAUAUAAAGAGAAAAGUAUCAGUAUUUUAAUAAAUAAAUUAUCCCUAAAAUUAUAAAGUUAUAUCAAUUUUAUAUUCCCUUUUCUGGGAAAAAAUAAUUUAAUAUUAGGUAGGUAGAUAGCAGUAAGGUUGGUAAUCUCUAAACACUUAUUUGUGUUCUACAUAAGUUAAUUUCCAAUCAUUUCUGUUGAUAGGGAUAUACGGAGUAAAAUCAUACUUAGGUACCUACCACUAAGGCUCCCAACCAAUGUAUCUUACUGAGAGAGAACCGUCGUUUGCGAAAGUUUGUGGAUACCAUCUGCAUGGAGCUUUUUUAGAAAAACAGGUAAUAUAAAGACAUUACAGUGAUCCUAAAAAUGAUGAAUCGGUAAGACAAUAUAAAUAUACCUAUGGACGUACCCAAGGUAGUUGGAUUGGGACAUCUUUUAUGUAGGGGCCUUAAUGAAAAUUAUAAGCGUAUGGGUUUGAAAAAUACUACUGUCCAACGUAAACAUCUAACUUGCCCCACCGGGGUCAGACGCUGGGUACACCCAUGCAUAUACAUACAUAAUGUAGGGAGGAGUUCACCUGGUACACGUACAAAGAUAUCGAUAUACGUAUUAAUAUAUUUAUAUCCUAAAAUAAUAAAAUACCUAACUCGCCUCUUAACGAAUACAAAGAUUAUAUGUAAGUAAAGAUAAAUAUAUUUUCUUCACAUUGUAGCGCUGUCGAGUUUGGCAAUAUUUAGUUUAAUACAAUACUUUGUUCUAUAUAAACAUACGUAGGUACUAUAAUUAAAGUAUUGUAUCGAGUCCCGGCGUGUUAUGUUCUCAAAGUAUUUUAAACCAAAACUAGUCAAACUUGUUUAAAGCUGAAACCUGACUCUCUAGUUCGUCAACAUAACUAACAAUACACAGAAUAAUAGUAAUGAAAUGCUAAGAGUAACGACCUUCGAUAUGGUUAUGUUUAUUCAUAUUUUUUACAAAUACAAUACCAACAAUUUAGCGUUUUCUCGAUUCGCAUAUUGAAACCAAGUAAAGAAACCUUCGUAAUAAUUGUCGUAGAUACACCACCAGUGCAAAAACAUGUCUUAUUCAGUUUUCAAACACAAUUGUAGUAGCUAUAGUUUAAUGUAUUACCUA